GCUGAAGAGGAAGAGACCCGCGCGAUUCCAGAGAAAACACGCUCUCGGAGUGCGCGUGCGAGCGGCGCUUCAAACAAUAUAGGAAGGUGAAAGUAUAUCUGUGUAGAGAUGUCUGGUGGUGGUGUGAUCCGCGGCCCUGCUGGGAGUAAUGACUGCCGCAUCUAUGUGGGCAAUCUGCCCCCUGAUAUACGCACCAAAGAUGUCGAAGAUGUCUUUUAUAAGUACGGAGCCAUUCGGGAUAUCGAUCUGAAAAACCGACGUGGCGGACCGCCAUUCGCCUUUGUCGAGUUUGAAGACCCCAGAGAUGCUGAAGAUGCCGUUUAUGCUCGUGAUGGCUAUGACUACGAUGGCUAUCGUCUUCGAGUGGAGUUUCCGAGAAGCGGGAGAGGUAUGGGGAGAGGUGGUUUUGGCGGAGGCGGCGGAGGAGGUGGCGGCGGCGGCGGAGGAGGUGGUGGUGGCGGCGGUGGCGGUGGGGCUCCUAGGGGUAGAUAUGGACCCCCAUCCAGACGUUCGGAGUACAGAGUUAUCGUUUCAGGGCUUCCACCGAGUGGUAGCUGGCAGGAUCUGAAGGAUCACAUGCGUGAAGCAGGUGAUGUAUGUUACGCUGACGUUUUCCGAGAUGGAACUGGUGUGGUGGAGUUUGUUCGCAAAGAAGACAUGACCUACGCCGUUCGCAAACUGGAUAACACAAAAUUCCGGUCGCAUGAGGGAGAAACUGCGUACAUCCGCGUGAAGGUGGACGGUCCCCGCAGUCCGAGCUAUGGAAGAUCAAGGUCAAGGAGCCGCAGUCGCAGCAGGAGUCGCAGCCGCAGCAACAACCGUAGCCGAAGCUACUCCCCACGCCGCAGCCGAGGAUCCCCGCAGUACUCCCCUCGCCAUAGCCGUUCCCGCUCUCGCUCCUAAAGCGCUCCACUCUUCUCACCUCUUUGGUGGAGGCCGUGAACCAUUUUUUUUUUUUUUUUUUUUUUUUUUUUACAGUCUUUACACAUCACAAACCCCAUAUGUUUUAAUCCCCCCGUCUUGGUUUGUGAGACUAUUAUGAUCUUUUAGAAUGUCCUAUGUUCCGUCUUCUCUCCCUCCCAUCCAUUUGGUUAUUUUUAAACGUACGUUUUUAACUGACUGACUUUUGUUUUGCCCAUCACUUUUUUUUAUAUACAAAGUGGACGUCUUUUUCAUAGACCAAACAAAGGGUUAUGUAAUGGCUCCCAAUAUUUUUGUAAAUGCCAUGUAUGUUUAAUGGGAUAGUGGGUUCCACAACAACUGUUUUAUGCUGUCUUCCUCUAGACGUGACACAGAACUGAUGCUUUGUAAUAAAGGAUUACUAAAUCUA